AAACAAAAACAUAAACUAGAAAAGAUUUAGGUUUAAAUAUAUUUUAGAUAAAAAUAUAAUUUAGAAAUUCAUCAAGAAUUUUCGUUUUUAUUUUUAACUAAGAAUGGAUUUGCUAGAAAAUGGAGCAGAUGACGAAAAAUAUGUGAUUUUCAAGCAAGAUGAUCUUUUUAGUGAAAGCUUUCCAUUAAUGAAAGAAAUUCGAAGACAAGGGAAUUUGUGUGAUGUAACAUUAAAAGUCGAAGAUCAAUCAUUUUCAGCACAUAGAAUUGUUUUAGCAGCAACAAUACCGUAUUUUUAUGCAAUGUUUACUCAUAAUAUGGCUGAAAGUAGGAUUAAAGAGAUAACAAUGAAGGAAAUUGAGCCAGAAGCACUUGAAAGUUUAAUAAAUUUUGCGUAUAGUGGGCAAGUGCGUAUUGAUAGUUCAAAUGUUCAAGGCUUGAUGGUUGGUGCAUCAUUUUUGCAAUUAAAUAAAGUUCGCAAUGCUUGUGCUGACUUUCUGAUUGAAAGAUUCAGUCCACAUAACGUGUUGGGUAUUCGAACAUUUGCAGAUUCACUUGGCUGCAUUCCGCUUGUAAAUGCGGCGGAUAAAUAUAUUCAUCAUUAUUUUUCGAAAGUUUCUCUAUCUGAUGAGUUUUUAAAUUUGGGUUUUGACGAAUUAAUUGAAAUAAUUCGCAAAGAUGAACUUAAUGUUCCAACUGAAGAAAAUAUAUUUGAAGCUGCUAUGAGGUGGGUGAAAUUUGAUGAAGAAAAGCGUGCUCCAAUGUUACCACAAGUAUUAUCAAAAGUACGACUUCCAUUAUUGUCGCCACAGUAUUUAGCAGAUCGUGUUGCUACAGAAGACUUAAUAAGAACAUCACAUCAAUGUCGCGAUUUAUUAGAUGAGGCCAAGGACUUUCAUUUAAUGCCUGAACGUCGUGGUUUAAUACAAAGUUUUCGAACAAGAGCUAGAUGUUGUGAUUAUAUUAUUGGACAUAUAUAUGCUGUUGGAGGGUUAACAAAAAACGGAGAAUCUGUCAGUACAGUAGAAAUUUAUGAUCCAAUAACUAAGGAAUGGAGAAUGGGCGAACAAAUGUCAAUGUUAAGAUCCCGAGUUGGUGUAGCUGUUACAGGAGGAAAACUAUACGCUUUCGGAGGUUUCAAUGGCUCGGAAAGAUUAUCAACAGUUGAAGUUUAUGAUCCUAAAACAAAGAAAUGGUGUCAAGGGCGGACAAUGUUAUGUAAAAGAAGUGCUGUUGGAGUUGCUGCCUUAGAUGGCCAUGUUUAUGUCUGUGGUGGAUACGAUGGUGUUACAUCGUUAAGCACUGUUGAAUGCUAUUGCCCAAAAACUGACACUUGGAAGACUGUAGCGCCAAUGAUGAAAUAUCGUUCGGCCGGAGGUGUGGCGCCUCUUGGAGGUUUUGUAUACGCUUUAGGUGGUCAUGAUGGACUAUCUAUAUUCGACAGUGUAGAACGUUAUGAUCCUGCUGAAGAUGUUUGGGUUAAGGUAAAACCAAUGUUAAAUCGGCGCUGUCGCCUGGGAGUGGCUACACUUAACGGAAAAUUAUAUGCAUGUGGUGGAUAUGAUGGGAAUUCAUUUUUGAGAUCCGUAGAAAUGUACGACCCUAAUACAGAUACUUGGAAAUUAGUGGCUCCAAUGAAUGUUAAAAGAAGUCGAGUGGCGCUAGCCGCAAAUAUGGGGAAACUCUGGGCAAUUGGAGGUUAUGAUGGUGAAUCAAAUUUGUCAACAGUAGAAGUAUAUGACCCGGAAGCAAAUCAAUGGACAUUUGUUGCCUCUAUGUGCGCUCAUGGAGGAGGUGUUGGAGCUGGCGUUAUUCCAAUUCAAUAAAUAAUAGUAUUAAUAUCUGUGUACACAUUUAUUUUGAAAUCUUGAAAUUAAUUUUAUGUAUAAGUUAUAACACAUUAAUUUAGAAUUCGUGUUCUAAAGAAUAGUGGAUCGUGAGACGAAUUAUUUACCUAUCAAAAAUUUUUAUAAUUUACGUAUUAAUUAUAAGAUGCAUUGGUAGUCCUCAAAAUAAAAACUCAUUAUGAAUAAUAAUAAUUAUAAGGUGCUUGUAACGCAUUUAUUUGUUUUAUUUAUUUUUAAAAAGGCAUAAGUAAAUAUACUCGUAAUUAUUGUAGGAAAUAUAUUAUAAAAAUGAGAUAAAAUUAAUUCGGCAAAGUGUUUUUCGCAAAUUACUAAAUAAAAUUAAUAAAAAAGAAAUUGUAAAAAUUAAAUAUUAAAAAAAAAUGUUUGUUUUUUAUAAAAAUAUAAACUUUUUGUUCUUUGAAUGGCAAUUUGCCACAAAUUUCAAUAUUAUUAAGUUUUUUGUAUAUUUCAAUUUUUAAUGACAGGAUAUUGUUAUAAAAUUAAUUAAAAAAAGGUAUUUAAAAAUUGCUUCAAAUUUUUCGACAAAUGUUCACUUCCCCUCAAUUCAUUGUAUUUGGCAAAUUGAACCAACUCGUAACAUUUGUUAUAACGAAAAUGCAAAAUAAUGUAAUUUAUUUAUUAUAUAUUAUGAUUAUAAUGUAUUUAUUAUGUAUUUUGAAAGUAUUAAUUUGUAUAUUUCAUUUAAUCACCUUACUUGGGUUUUUGGGUAUAUUGUUUUGAAUAUCUCUGCAUUCUCGUUAGUACUAUUACUAAUUUUAUUAUAUUAAUAAUUUUAUUUUGAUAAAAUUUGUAAAAUGAAAUCAAAUCAUAUUAUUGUGAUCGAAUUUAAUUAUAAAAGAACGUUAUUUUUUAAUAAAAUUUCAACAAAAGGUUAAAGUAACUUAGUUUUUAAUUGUAUUUAAAUGUAUAAAAUUAUGGAAAAGUUACCAAUUAAAAUAAAGAAUUAAAUUAUUGAUUAAAAUAAAAUUUAAUAUGUUUCUGAAGCAUAGAAAGGUAGUAGAAUGAAUAAAUAUUUAUUUCGCGUCUUAUUAAUUUUCACUUUUUUAUUUAUUCAAAAUAAAUACUUUUUUUUUUAUUAUGAUAAUGUUAUUUCUAAGCUUUUAAUAUAUAUAAUUUAUGAAUAAUUUUUGUAUAAUGUAACAAUUAUUGUAAAGAUCUUUAUAGCACCCGAUUAAAACAUUUUUGUAACAAUUAAAUAUAAAGUUAUUUAAUCAAAAAAUGGUAAACCUAUUAAAUUGUAAUUGAAUCAAUUAUUAUUAUUAAAAUAUUAUAUAACUAUAUGAUAUUAUGUAUUUCAAUCACAUAAUGAGGAGUA